AUGACGGUCGCGGAUCGAGGCGAGGACAGACCAAGAUUGACCGAAAGGGAUUUUGAUUCUAUGUCCAGAAAUGAGCUUUGGCAGGCAUAUCAACAAUUAGAAAGUUAUUUACACGACGUGGAUGAGAAAGAAGAAGCGAUGAAAAAGCAGCUGACAGAGGCGCAAAGACGCGAGAACGUUCUCGUCCUGAGAUUAUCGGCAAGAGAGCAGGAGCUUCAGGACGUAGCUGCGGUCGCUGUCAAUUAUAAAAAACUACAGGCACAAACACCAACUCUGAGAAAAACGAUGCUUGACCCGGCAAUAAACUACAUGUAUCAAAAAAUGCGAACAGAACUCAAAGAGACAAAAGAAAAGCUCGACCUCGCGCAGUCUGAACUAGCCGCUUGUAAAUUCACGCCAGACUCGCAGACCGGCAAAAAGCUCAUGUCCAGAUGCAGAACAUUGAUCCAGGAGAACCAAGACCUCGGAAGCCAGCUUUCAACGGGAGAGACAAAGCAACUCGAGACGCGGAUCGCACAGCAGGACAAGCAAAUUGCCGAGCUCAAAAAGAACCAAAUCGAAUCCGAAAAGUUCGUUCUCAGCCUCGACGACGAAACCGAAGGUCUACAAGCACAAAUUAUGACGCUCAAAUCCAAACUUGACCAUGCAAACAAGCGCUGCGAAAAGUUGGAAAAAGAGAUCAGAGGCGACAAGGACGAGCCUAAAAAAGAGGGUGAUGGCACAGAGACGCACUAUUUCACGCCGGAGCAAUUGAAAGCGUACUAUCAGAAUCUGAUCAACACGGGAUACAUGACAGAUGAACAGGCCAAAGUGGCGCUCGAACAGGCUGAAUCGCAAAUAAACGAAGAUGGUCAAGUACCCGUCACUUUCGCCGCCUCUUCUGAAUCAAAAUCAGACUCGUGA